GCGCCUGGGAAAAUGUAGGCCGUCGUCUGUUUUUUUUUGCCCCCGGACAGCUGGUAACGAGAGUUAAUGGUCGAUUGUAUAUUUUGCCCGCAGCAUCGUUCGGGAAGCGCAGUUUAUCGAGUAAAUGGUUGGGCCCUUGCCGCCGGCAAUGGUCAUGUUUAGCGGCUGGGCUCCGGUGUAAUUUUGGUGUGUUUUAUUUAUGCUACACAAACGUAGAGAGUGGCAUGCCAGUGCCGAAUCGGUCGAGUAAACAUACCUCAGUGCAGACAGCAUCAGCCCUGGUGUUCCAUAUGUAAAAAUGGGUGUGGGAAAAAAGAAGGUGCGAGCUCUUAGGCGGCUGUUCUAAUAUGCGAUAGUCAAAUAUCAAACGAAUAUUGAAACAUACGAAACAAAAGGGGGACGGUAGGAAAUAAAAAUCUAGUAUGGUUUGAAAGGAGCGUGCGAUAUUCGUCGACCCUUCCCACGAGUUCUUGUGAGCUUGAAGAAAACCAAAACAAACACUCUAAGAUGCGUUUCAACAAGCAGGAGCUGAUCACGCUAGCCACGCAGCCUAGCAACAAGUUCGAGAAGGAGGGUCCAUUGUACGUGACGGAGAAACAGGAGGGUUUCUUCCGCAAGACUGAAGAUGAGACACAGCCAUCCACUGGCGAGCCUGCGUUUCGAAAGGGUUUGCUGAAGCGCCAAAAAUCGCUCAGCUGCAUCGGUGGGGCAUCAGCCAAAGUCAGUCUCGAGCGGUGGUGCCGGCUCCGGGGGAAUCUGCUUUUCUACUUCAAAACAAGCGAUCCAUUUUCGGAGCCACAGGGUUGCAUUGUGCUGGAAAAGUACAAAUGCAUCAAGCACGGUGACGAGCAGCAGGAGUACGACGGCUACGUGUUCUAUCUUGAGUUUGAUGACGGCUUGAGGCAGCGGUUUGCGGCAAACUCGCAACAGGAACGACUCGAGUGGAUGCAGGCUAUCGGGCUGGCGGGGUACGACAUCAAGCGGGCUCAGCUCAAGUACCUGCGCGAGCAAAUCGACCGCAAGCGGGGUACAGUGCACGAUGUGGACAUCGAUAUGCUACGGCUCCAGACGGGCAAAGAAAUAGACUUAAACGAAAUACCGAUCUGCGAGUCGGUGAUUUCGUGCGACAACCUGCUGUGCGAUGGCAAUGGGAAGCACCCGAACCCAUCGGUGGUGGUGCAGGUGACGUCGAACAAUCGUGCGUCCGGCUGGAUCAAGUACGGCCGCACCGAGGUAAUCGAGCGCUGCUCAAACCCGCAGUUCAUUUGCACGAUCGCGUUCCGCGCGUGCGAUGGACUGCACGCGUCGUCGCAGAUACGCUUCACGGCGUACGAUGUGCGGGAGAAGGUCACCCAGACGGCCGUCCCGAUUGGAUGGGCCGAGAUAGCGCUCGGCGUGAUCGCGGACACGUCUCGCCUGCGUAUUCCCCUGCGGACGCAGGUGUGCGGCGAGAACGCGGGCUUCCUUACGAUUGCCACCUGCACGCCGGACAUGGAGCGGCGGAACAAUCCCCGGUCGCCGAUAAAGACAGGUGGUCUCAGCGGUGGAGGGGCAGCCAUGGGUGCGGUCGGCGCUGGUUCGGAACAACAGCAAGCGCAGCACGGGACGGGCCUGGGCCACCGGCGGUCUCAAUCGUUGCCCCCAAAGCUCGGCAUUAAGCUGUUCAUUCCUCCUCCAUCGAAGAUAUCGCUCGUCUUUACCAACCCGAGUAUUCACACCUACCGGCUGCACUCCGGUCUCGGUGGCGACAUAAGCGUGCUGGAGGUGAUGCUUGAGAGCCAGCUGUGCUACGUCAUCCCGCAGCAGCUGCUGUCGAUUUGGAUCGCGCGUGAAAAAGAGCUGCUGCAGGAGAUUUCGGGCAUGGGCGAGCUCGGGGGCGAGUGGCGUCAGCGGCAGAUGGAGCUGCUCGACAAGCACCUGAAGCUGCUGAAGGACUACUCGCAGGCGAAGCAGUACCUCCACCAGCAGCAGCAGCGCGGCAAAGCGUUCAAGCCGAGCUGCCGGAAGUCGGACGAGACGAUCGAGUUCGCGCCGGUCAACCUGCACCUGCAGCGCAUGUGGGCGCACAACGAUACGCUGAAGCGGGCGGGCAUCCUCGACGUCGUGACGGUCGGGGCGUUCACGCGCCACUCGGGUAAGGCGAAGACGGGCGGGCUGAUCAAGCUGCUGCAGCAAAUCAAGGACUCGCCGGCGCGCGGUGAUGCCCAGCACAAGGUGGCGGCGGCCAACGACGCGGUGCAGGCGAUCAAGCAGUUGCGCAAGGAGAUCGUCGAGAUCAUGUCGCAGCUGCUGUUUCUGGCCAAGUCCAAGAACCCCAAGGGUAUGCUGCCGCUGUGCAACGAAAUGAUGACCAAGACGCGCACGCUGCUCGGCAUCUGGGAGCCGAGCCUGGUGGAGGAGGCGUUCGCGUUCAUCGAGCGCCACCGCAUCAUCGAGGACACGGCGGCAGAUGGCGCGGGGGGAGAGUGCACUGGGGGAGCGCGGGGAGCACCGGGCGCUCCGUUGGGUGGCCUAUCGCCGAUGUCGCCGUUCAAGAAAAUUACCCAGCAGCUCGGUGCACUCGAUCUGAAGUCGCCCGAGCUGGAGGACUUCUCGACCCCCAUGGGCCCCGCCCCGGACCUCUGGCCGCAGGUACGCACGAGCAAGUCGGGCACGCUCGGCGGGGGAGGUGGUGGUGCCGGCGGCAGCAACAUGCUACGCACAAAGUCACCCUCCUCGCUGGACAUCAGCACCAUCGCCACCAUCCAGAGCACGUUCAAUCAGCUGCACCUGCAGGAAAAGUCGGACGCGUAUCUGCUCGACGAUGCGACGGGCUACGCGAUGUCCUACUCGCUUCCCGCUACGAGCUACCUACCCACGGAGCAGCCAUCGACGUCGAAGGGAAGUGGUAGAGGAGCCGGUGGAGAAGCGCUCUCCUUCAGCGAGACGCACUUCGAUGUGAAUGGUGACGUAACUCGGACGAUGGCUUCAGUUGCACCACCUCCGCCGUCGGUGGUGGGCGAGAAAAGCGCCGUAGCAAAGGGCAGCGGUCCGAGCAGUAGCAGCAGUGGUCCGUUGACGGCGAAUCAACUGUUGGAGAACAAGAACGAGCUGCUGUCGCACGUGUACGACGAGCAGGGCUACCUGAUCGAGAACACGGCCAUCGUGCUCGGGCACAACGGGGCGUUUCUGGACACGCAGGUGAUGAGCUCGAGCCCGUCGGCGAACUACUACCGGCCGACGGAGGAACCGGAACCGCUCGACCUGACGCAGCUGAACAUCGAGGCGAGCGUCAUGUGUCUCGUGUCGAAGGUGAAAUUUCUUUGCGGCCGCUGCGGCAGCCCCGCGGUUCGCCUCCGCCAACCGAAAUCGUCGUCCGGCACGAUGGGUUUGCGGUCGUCGCAGCGUUCCGCGGCAGCCGGUGCCUUCGAGCUGCAGCAACCGGACGUGGUUACCAGUCAACCGCUGUCGCUUCCAUACGCUGCUGGUAGCUCACUUGCACAAGUAGAGGAUCAGACCGCCGUUGCUGUCACCCACGACGAACCGGUUGCACCGGCGGAGCCCUCAUUGCCACCGACGGCCACCGUUAAAUCGCAGCAGCAGCAGGGGUUGUUGUGCAGCAGCAAGGAGCUCAACCUAGCGCUAACGCAAGCCGUCGGUGAGGUGACGCGCAAGGUGAAGAAGGGCAACAAGUUCACCGAUGGGCUGGACCUGUCCGCGACUACCGACUGGGCGCUGGAGCUGCGCCCGUCGAUGAAGAAGCUGCGUCAGGCGAUGGACGGCCUGCUGAAGACGGCCCGGCUGAUGCACUCGGUGCAGCGGCUGCAGCAGGACAUGCGCAAGACGAGCGCCACGCUGGCCAUCAUGUACCGGCGGGACGUAUGCUUUUCGCAGGCGUUGACGGCGCUCGUGUCGGCCCUCAUGGCAAAGCUGUGGGGCCAGAACGUGACGGAGAACUUCAUCAGCUUGCUGGUGCACCUCGGACCGCUCGCCUGCUUCGAGGGCCUGCUGUCGCUGUACGGCAACGAGACGGACAUGUGGGGCGACAUGAGCGUCGCCGUCGAGGAUCUGGCGACGGUCGGGUUUACGCUCGUGCGCAGCAACCUCCACCGGGACACGAAGGCGGUACCGGUGCCUCGCGUCACCGGUUCCCGCCAGGCGCUCCGCGUCCUCCUGCCCGUCCCGGAGUCCGUCUUCUGCCAUCUGCCGACGAAGGAAGCGGUCAGCUUCCGCGUCACACCCGUCUUUCUCAACGUCGGCAUCAACGAGAAGGCGACGGUGGCGGAGACGCUCGGCUACACGCGCGAGCAGCAGCGCUCCAACUGGGACAACUACGACCGGCUGAAGCAGUACCACAGCCGCUACCGCAAGGUGCCGUUCAACUUCGUCAAUCCGCUCUGCUCCGCCAGCCAGGACACGCCGACCAAGGUGGGCGCCUACACGGCCCAGCAGAAGGAGCUGCUCGUGCCGGAGCAGACGGUCGCCAAGUUCCUGGCCGACCUCGAGACGGAGCUGCGCUCGAGCACCACCAAGAACUACCGCGUGCUGCAGUUGGGCGAGGACAUCACGCGGGCCCUCCAGGGGCUCCGGUUUACCUCGUGCAAGAGCGCCAAGGAUCGUACGUCGAUGGCGGUCACGCUCGAGCAGUGCCGCGUGCUGCAGCAGGAGUUCCACCUGUCCGCUGCCAACCUACAGAACGUGCUCGAUACGAUGCGAAGCGAAGGGACCCGCUCGGACAACACGCUGAAGAACGUCGGGCUGCGGAAGUACGCGUUCAAUCUGCCCCAAGUCCUGUCGCUGCCCUCCGUCUACCGCCCACCGGCCGGAGCCUACGGGAAGGCACAAUCCUAGAUUCCACCACCCCUUCCGGCCUACCGGCAGCAACAACAUGCGUGCGUAGCACGCUGUGCGUGCAUUACUUACUUUAGUUUUAUUGUGUUUCGUUUAUUUUAUUAUUUUGUUUUUGUUAAUUUUAUUAUCGGAUGUUUCGUUAAUGUUUAUCUUCCUUCUGAACUCAUUUUUACUAAGCGUGUGUCAUUAUCAACGUUUUUACGCGGAGAAACGGAAAAUUUUUAGAACGAACUAACGCAAGGCUGUAGGGUUUUGUUAGUUUCUCCUCGGGUGUUUAUUUUCCUUAAUGUAAAUGCUUUCUAACCCUUCGCACGCUCCCACGCGUACCGAAUGCGUCUACAAUUAUUUAUUUCCCUUCUACGAUAGCAUACUAAGGCUAAAGUCCGAUGGAGUCUAUCUUUAUCCUACGUCAAUUUGCUAAUGGAACAAACAAAUAGAGCAGUACUCACUGUU